UCGGGUGGGAAUACGGGUGGGAAAAACUACACCUCUCGCCAACGUUUCGACCAUUUUCAACGUUCAGUGGUUACAGCCCAGUCUGUUCAUUUUCUUUUCGCUUUUUGCAGAGGUUGGAAGGAAAUUGAAGAAAAGCGAUGUGGAAAGCAGCAGCUGGUCGUUCUGUCUCCGUGACCGUUGAUGACGGUCCUGAUGACUGGGAGACGGAUCCUGACUUUGAGAAUGAUUUGACUGAGAAAGAGCAGCGAUGGGGAGCGAAAACGGUGGUGGGUUCUGGACAUCAGGAACACAUCAAUAUCCACGAGCUUCGUGAGACGGUGUCGUGUGAGCACAGUGAUCUGAAACAGCGGGAGCUGGAUACCAUGCCCAAAGCUUCGCAUGGUUAUGGAGGAAAGUUUGGUGUUCAGGAGGACCGAAUGGACAAGUCAGCUGUGGGUCACGAGUAUCAGAGUAAACUGUCGAAGCACUGCUCCCAGACAGACACGUCUAAAGGCUUCGGGGGUAAAUUUGGAGUUCAGAGUGACCGUGUGGACCAGUCUGCUGUAGGGUUCGAGUAUGCUGGGAAAACAGAGAAACAUGCCUCACAGAAAGAUUACACCAGUGGUUUUGGGGGUCGGUAUGGUGUUCAGACUGAUCGUGUGGACGAGAGCGCUGUAGGCUUUGAUUAUCAGGGAAAAACAGAGAAACACGAAUCCCAGAAAGAUUAUGCUAAAGGAUUCGGUGGGAAAUAUGGAGUAGAAACUGAUAAAGUGGACAAAAGUGCCGUGGGCUUUGAGUACCAUGGCAAAACGGAGAAACACGAGUCACAGAAAGACUACGUGAAGGGCUUUGGAGGAAAGUUUGGUGUGCAGACGGACCGUGUGGAUAAAUCCGCUCUUGGCUGGGACCAUCAGGAGAAACUGCAGCUUCACGAGUCUCAGAAAGAUUAUAAGCGUGGGUUUGGAGGGAAAUACGGGGUGGAGGUUGAGAAGCAGGAUCAGUGCGCACUUGGCUUUGACCACAAAGAGAGUCUGGCUAAGCACGAGUCUCAACAAGAUUACUCCAAAGGGUUUGGAGGGAAGUUUGGAGUGCAAGAGGACCGAAUGGACAAGAGUGCAGGAACAUUUGAGGAUGUUGAGAAACCCACUGCUGCUUACCAAAGGACCAAACCAGUAGAAGCAGUCGGGAGAGGAACCGGAAGCAUUAAGGCUCGUUUUGAGAAUCUGGCCAAGCAGAACGAGGAAGAGGACAAGAAACGGGCACAGGAGGAGCGAGCCAGACGACAAGCCAAGGAGAAGCAGGAGCAAGAGGAAGCCCGCAGAAAGGAGGUGAGCACCAAAGCUAAGGAUCCUUCCCCUCAGCCCAUCCCCACCUCCACCACUCAGACCCACCAGUAUCAGAUUCCUGAUUCACACAAGAAGACAGAGGAGACCGAGGAGCACGUGUAUGAGGUAGAGCCGAGCACAGAGCACGAGGAGCUCUACCAGAACCCAGAUGAGGAUGAGCAGUACCAGGCUGCAGAUACUCAGUCUUAUGAUUAUGGCGAGGACCUGGGAGUGACUGCUGUGGCUCUAUAUGAUUAUCAAGCUACCGGUGAUGACGAGAUCUCCUUCGACCCCGAUGACAUCAUCACCAACAUUGAGAUGAUUGACGAGGGCUGGUGGAGGGGCGUGUGCAGGGGGGCUUACGGACUUUUCCCAGCCAAUUAUGUUGAAGUCCGGCAGUAAGCCCUGCCCAUCAGCCUUGCCCAACUCCCUGGAGGAGAAGGGAUCUCCUUUGCACACCUUUCCAUUUGUAUCCCUUUCGUUUUCCUUCGCCUCACUGCGAUGCUUUCGGCAUCCUCAGGUCUUGCUCCUCUCUUCCUACUUUAUCCCUUCCCCUUUUCUUUGCCCAAGAAUAAGCCCUGCUGUAUCCCUAUUCCUGAGCAAAAUCCUUCCUUCAUUGUCACACGUUUUCCUCUCCUUGUUGUUCCUGUUAACAUUUAACAAUAGUGUAGUUCACGAUGGCACCAAAAUGCAACAUAAUUGAUCAACUGGGAUACAAUCUUGGCUUCGGGUUUUAUUGAUUGCGUACAUGCAAGUGUGUGAAGAUGCAAGGACUUCUAACAGAUGGUAAAUUUUGGAAGGGUUGGUGGAAGAUUUGGUGUAAAGAACCAAAAAAAAAAAAAGAUGUGUAUUAGAAAGGGAAUGCUGUACAUUUUUGGGUGGAGAGGCAAAUAUAUGGAUUUGAAUUCCUGCCCAAAGUACAUUAAUGCAAUCCAAAAUUGUAAAAUCAUUAUUAUUAUUUACACUUUUCAUGGGUUUGACCUUUAUGGAUUUGCGUGCAUUCCAACUUUGCAUAUGUGGUUUUGCCGGGUUAGAGCUGCAAUUUGUACAUUGUGGUGUUUCAGCUCUGCCUUUUUGUCUCUCUGUUUUGAGAGUACAAUAACAGCUGCAGAUUUACAAAUCUAAGUAUGAAAAUGCGAUUACAGAAACGUGGUUUUCAUUGAUGUAUAAUACCAUUCAUUUUGACUGGUGUUUUUUUUUUUGUUUUGUUUUUUUCUUUCAUUGCUGCCAAUUACAUAGUCUGAGACACUCUGCAAAUCCUUUCACACUAUGUGAAUCUGUAGCUUCUUAACUCGACGUGUUCGGCAUUGGCAAAACUAACAGAAAACAAAUAAACAUAUAAUAUGACCAAAAACAUAUAACACUAAAAUAUACUAUAACUUACUGGUAUACAAUAACCAAAGUGCUACCAGUUGAGUUCAGUUCUUUCCGAAUGUUAUGGCAGGAAAUGUCUUUAAAAAUAUAUAUAUAUAUAUUUUGUUUUGUGAAAUAUGUAUUGAGCCUGAGCAGCAGGAGAAAUGUAGAUAAGAUUUCUUUAUGUGCGUCCUGGGCAUGCAGUGUUUUUGUCUUUUGUUCAUGUCUAUGUACGACUUGUGGUUUGUAACUCGGAGCCACUGCAUCGUUUUCUUCCUGACCAACACAAUGUUGAGAGGUUUUAUGUCCGAGUCUGCUGGAUUGAGUGCACUUUUGAUUUGGAGUUGCCCUUAUAACGGCUGUCCCAGAAGUGAAACCUGAACAGAAUAAUGAUCAAGUUAUCUUGGUGUAACAGAUUCUAGCAUUUGGGACAUCCUAAAGAUGAGUAUGCAUGAAUUCUAGUGUUUAGAACAGAGCUAUAGAGCGAGCUUGAUCUUAUCUGAGGAUAUGUAAUGGACCCAUUCUGGUGCAGUGGGAUUUUAAUUCAUUAAUGAUGCAUCCAUGACAAAGUAGCAACAGCUAAUCUUUUGGGUUUGGGGUUUUAUAAAAGUGACCUUCUCAGAUCUGUUAUUUUUAUCUGUAUCUUGCUGGCUUACCUCUCAUUACAUGCCUGUUUUUUUUUUUGUAUGAAAUGAUAUUUCAAUUAAUAAAACAUGGAUAGUUGAAAUAAACAA